ACAAUGAUCUUAUCGAGAAUUAUAUCUUAUCUCAAUUGAAUCAAAAUGCUUUCUCCAAAGUCUUGGGUUUCAAAUUGGUUCCACUUUAAAUUCUACUCCCUUCAUUUUAGUGAUUUUGUCCCCUUAAAUUUGGGCAUGUUUGCCAAAAUAAUUAUUAAAACCUUAGUAGAGCGAGUAUAUCUUUUACCAAACACCCCUUCAGUCCUUUUUCGUCCCGAGUUAACACAAGGCCAACUCCGACAUUCUCAAUUCCCUUCGUCGGCGGGCACAUAUCGCAAACUGGUCACCGAACCUCCGACCACUCUCCAUAUCCCUCCAGCUCUGGUUUACUUCCCCGUUGUGCCCAUCUUUUCUCUGAAGAUGCAACAAAAUUUUGGGGUGAAUAGUUAUCCAGGGCGACCUGAUUCGUUUCCAGCUGAGGAAGGGCGUCAAUAUACUCCAACAAAAGCAGAAGCUCAGUGGCAAUGGGAUAGAGAUGCUCAGCGAAUGUCACCGCAGCUCUACAGUGAUGGACAUGGAGGAAAUGCUGGUAGGUCAUCAUAUCCUAAUCAGAUGCCAGACACCAAAAUGAGCUCAAACCUAGAGCAGAGAGUACACUCGCAGCCUCAGGCUCCUGAUAUGGAAGUCGGUUACGAAGACAAUGCAGCUCAAGAGACUUUGAAAAGACUUGACCAAAAGUUCCAUAAUGAUAUUAUGACAUUAAUAAAGGAACAGGAUGAUGCAGAGGAUGCAGAAAAUGUUAGACAUAGAGAGAAAAUCGUCGAGAUCAACACUCAAUACCAAGAAAAAUUAUCAGCGCUUAGGGCUAAACAAUCUGCUCGCAGAGAAGAACUUCUCCAGAGAGAGUCACAGGCACGCUUACAGCAAUACCAGCUUGCUUGUAGGAGCCCCUAUCGGAACAAUGUUGGGCCCAAUGUCAUGAACCAAGGUCAUCAUGGAUAUGGAGCACCAGACAUGAUCCCGAAUGAACCUCUUGGACAAUAUGAUGGUGGGAACCAAUUUGAUUCUUACAGACAUCAUGAAUCAUUUGGACGCGGGAGAAUGCAAGGAGCUGCCGAUACAAGGAUUCCAACCCCUGGAGGCCGAGUUUACAAUACAGGUCCACGCUAUUACUGAUAUUUUCUUGACCUUUGUAUGUUAAAAGAUUUAAGCUUAUUAAGGUGGGUUUUAAGACUUUUCGAGUAGGCUGUUGUGGUCUGUUUGUGUCUUGGGAAAUCUACCUUUUGACUGGUUCAAAGGUCAAUGUAUGAGGAUGAUGAUACUACUAAUUUACAAUCAAUGAAUUUUAGGGUCUGUUGUCAA